UAUCAAGACUAGAGGCUCUAGUAGAGCUCCCUAGCUACACUUAGCAACCAAGCAGCGAGCACAUGGAGAGCCUCAAGUCAGAUCUAAAGAAUGUACAAGGCGUGAUAAAGGAUCUCCUGAGCCAGCUAAGUGGAGAACUUCCCGUAGCCUCAUGGAGGUUCCCUGAGAAGCUGGCUGCAAAUCUGGACCCUCUGGAGGAGCUCCAAUCACGUGAUCGGGAGGAGGAGGGGCUGGGGGACCUCAAGACAUUGCUCAUGGAGCUCCUUGUGGACAGACUUCUGUUUUUGCUCCAAUGUUGCGUUCGAUUCUCGGAGACGAGUCAGGGUCAAAAGUUCACAUCCCUCCCCCUCACGCUGGGAUCUACAGUGAAGAAAUUUUCUCGCAAAAUCCAGCAUGACUACGCAUCACUCAAAAAAACAACGGAGAAGGUGUUGGUGAGGGAGGAGCACAUAGCUGUUCUUGAGGCUACUGUAUCAGAGCUGCAGUCCCAGUCACCACUACCUCACAGCCACUCCAUCACCACUGUACCCUCUCAUGAUCCCAUGCCAAUCGAACCUCCGUCUCUUGUUCCCUACGAGGCUCUGGGUACUAUGAAAAUUAACCGUCUCUAUUCCUCAGUGGCUAUUAAACCCUCAACCAAAUCUAUAAUCGAGGUCAAGCGCACUCCGACAUUAACUCGAGGCUGCAGUAUAUCCACACAAACUACAGAAACUGGAUUUGCACUGUGUGUGCAGUGUGCAGGCACUCACCAAACAUUAGUGGAGCUAGCGGACACUGUGAUUAAUACAUCCUCCACACACAAGCUGAAGAGUGAGCUAUCAACCAGAGACUGGGCAGGUCUUGUCAGUGUUGGUGGAUUGGACACUAGAGAAUGGGCUGGCUGCUUCACAACUGACUUGAAUGCGUUGAGUCAUCGUGCUAGUUCACAGGAGUGUCGAGUGGAGGAGCUGGAGGGACAGCUGGUAGAGCAGAGGGAGAUGGUACUAGCAAUGGAGGGGGAGAUAGCCUCACUCACAGCUCAUGUCAACCACCUACAAGCUAAUGUGGAGGAGGUGAGACAGGUGGGUGACAAGUCAUUGGCCAGUACCCAGCGAAUGUUGGGAGCUCAGUUGAGGGAGUUGAGAGAGAGUGUGGGUCGACUAGAGACUGCUAAUGGUGUGGUGUGUGAGGAACUGGGGGUAUCACGGAAACAGGAGUCAUUGCUCAAGGCUAGAAUGGCAGAAAUAGAGGCCAGGAGAACAGAGGUUUUACGAGAGCUCCAAGCUGUGCAGAGCAGAGAGAUGAGGCUGCUCUCAUCACAACAGACAUUGGAGAGGGAGCUGGAGGUGGCCGUGGGAGAGAGGGCAAAGGUCAAGGAGGCCCUUGAGGAGAACAAGCUUCAACUGACUAAAACUAAGAUCGCCUCACAGACAAUGGAAAAGAAGAACAAGGCCAUUUUCUCAAAGCAAUCCUCUCUGCUGUCUCGACUGGGCCAAUUGGAUGAGGAAUGUGAUGAUAUGCGAGGGAGGCUGUGGGGGGUGGAGCGUGAGAGGGAGGCACUGUGCGAGGAGCUGACUGACAUACAGGCCCAAUGUGUGGGCCUCAGGGCAGAACUGGACACUGAGAAGGAGAAGCUGUCAGUGUCCGUGAGUGAGGGGGAGCGACUGAGAGGUGUCUGCUGUGAACUGGAGACUCAGAUCAAGACCACAAUGACACAACUGGACGCAGAGAGGGAGAGAUGCAGGCUGCUGAUGGACUACCCGUUUGUGAAGCAGACUAGAACUGGUUAUGUGGAGCACAUCCGUUCCUUGUCAACAAGAGAAUCACAGAAGCAGAUCUCAGCCAAUACUGUGCGGAUACUUUUACUAGAGGAGCAGAACUCUGAAUUGAGAGAGAGGGGCGUAGCAGAGGUCAGGGAGAGAGGGACCAACUCUGCACCACUGUUACGAGCCCCAGUGCGUAUGUGGAGGGAUGGACUACUAACCCAAGUGCACAGUGAACAGGCCAUGGCCAGACAAGCAGCCUCAAGCAAGCAGCACUCUAAUGAUGAUCGAGUCGUCUCCCCCAUGAUCAGACCACCGUCCUCGGGCUCUCUCAAAGGUCGCUUAGGUCACCUCGUCACAGCCAUUGCUGAUCAUCGCUCCAAUGUGGACAAUUCAUUAUAAACAUUGAACAGUUAUUCUGUUUCAUUAACAUCAUCAUAAUUAGUCAUAACCGGUUAUAUCGAAGAAUUUUUUACAAUGGUGAUAUAAAUG